AUGGACGAGUUUUCGCUAACAUUCGACGACAACCGGCAGGCGUUGGCGGUAGCGACGGCCGGAACGACACUGGCCCAAUUGUCGUCCCAUUUCGAUGAUCUCCACCUCAACCAGAGCGAUGCAGCUACUGCUACCCUGUUGAGUGGUCUGGUCGGAGGUAGCAGUCUCCAUGGGCACCACCAUCAUGGGCUGGGGUCGCUCGGGAGCGGCGGUACGACGGGCGCAGCAGCGCCGCUCAUCGAUCGGCAUCAUCUUAGUAGCGUGCUGGCCACUAGUGGCGGAGUUUUCGGUAGCGUCAGUGGCGGCAGCGGUGGAGGUGGAAGUGUGAGUAGCGAUGGCGGUAGCAGUGUUCAAACCAAUGCUCCGAACGCGAUGGACACGUUCGUGGCCAUGAUGGCGAGCAGCUUAUCGGGGGUAGCUACGACGGUGGGGAACUCGGCGGGAGUGGCCACUAUCACCACGACCAGCGCAGUAAGCAGCGGUAAGCUGGAAGAACGGCCGGUCAAGUACAAGUCGCACACGGAGUGCGUACCGGUACCGUCAUCUGAGCAUGUGGCCGAGAUUGUCGGCCGCCAGGGAUGCAAGAUAAAGGCGCUGCGCGCGAAAACCAACACGUUCAUCAAGACGCCGAUCCGCGGUGAGGAGCCGAUCUUCGUUAUUACUGGCACGAAGGAGGACGUGACGCGGGCGAAGCAGGAAAUUCUGUCCGCGGCCGACCACUUCAGCACACUGCGGUCUUCGAAGAAGCAGGCGAUAGCGCUGUUGGCCGAGAGCCGCAACAUGCUCGGCUACAGUAUGCCAGACGAGAUUACCAUCCAGAUACGGGUACCGCAGAAGGUGGUCGGUCUGGUGGUCGGACCGAAGGGGGCCACCAUUAAGAACAUUCAGCUCAAGACAAACACCUAUAUCAUCACGCCGAAGCGGAACCAGGAAUCGGUCUUCGAGAUCACGGGCCUGCCAACGAAUGUGCACAUCGCCCGUCAGCUGAUCGAAGAGCACAUCGCCACGCGGGCGGGUGCCACGACGACCACCGGUGGCGUGGGCAACGGAAGCGGCGGUGGUGGUGGCGGCGGAAGCGGCAACAGUACCGGUAGUAGCAGCAGUAGCAGCAGCAGCAGUAGCAGCAGCAGCAGUAGCACCACCAGCAGCUCCAGCGGAUCAUCGCCAUCUUCCGGUCUGGGCAGCUCUGGUUCAAGCAUUGGCAGCAAUGGUGCCGGGGUAGGUGGCACGAGCCUCGGUGGUUGCCUAUCGUCGGCGGACGUGAACGGUAAUGCGGCUUCACUGAUCAACGGAUUGCUAGGUCAACAGCAGCCCAAUCAGCACCACUCGCACCAUCAGCAUCAUCAACAGCAUCUGACUAGCGGUGGCGUUGACGGCGAACACGAGUACGAUGGCAACCAGUUCAUCAUCGACAACCUGCUCGAAUACUUCAACAGCACGUCCGGCUCGUCUACGUAUGACUCGCCGGCGGCCAUGGCCACGGCGGUAUCAUCCACAGACAACAUGCCCGAUUUCCGCGGUAUCUGGGAGAAUUUUAGCGAAAGCCAGACAUCGGGCGCAACCACCGACACGGACAACUCGUCGCUUGUCUGGACGUUGCCAUCGUCGUCACGCAACUCGGUGUCGUACAGUCCCGAUGAUUUCAUCUUUCAGCGAUAG